AUGGGUGUAAAGGGACUUUUACCUUUUCUGAAAAAAUGCACUAGGCCGAUAAAAAUCAAAACAUUCCGUGGAUACACAGUCGCGAUUGAUGCAUAUUGUUGGAUUCACCGCGCCGCAUACUCUUGCGCCAUGGACUUAGGCCUUGGAAACUCGACAAAUAGGUCGAAAAAGGAGUACAAAGAAAAAGCUGCUCAGUAUCUCCGAGAGGGUAAUAGAAGAGCUGCCCAAGAAUGUUUUGAGCGCUGUGUGGAGGUUACACCAGAAAUGGCUCGUGCCGUAAUGAAGGCGGCUCGUCGUCGCGGUGUCGACUGCAUAGUUGCGCCCUACGAGGCUGAUGCUCAACUCGCAUAUUUAGCUCAGGCGGGCUAUGUCGACUUGAUAAUCACCGAAGACUCAGAUUUGUUGAUGUUUGGGUGUAAACAGGUAAUUUGUUCUUCUUUCUAA